AAGCUGCACCACCCCCCGAGCUUUUGCACGCAAGAGGCGAAUAAUAUAGAGAAAUGCCGAGUGCAGACCUUUCUCCAAAUGACAUACGACUCCCUCCAAUUGUAUGCUUUCUUCGUAAUUUGGGGUUUAUUAUUGAUAUGCGCAGUGACGCGAAAUGUGGCCCUCAUGGGAUUUCGGAAAGUCAGUGAAAUUGAGUUAUUAGGGGAGAGUGUUCCAUGGAGAAAUGGAUAUGUUGAGGGUCAUGCUGAUGAUGGCUUUGCUCUUUCACUCAGUGAUGACGGAUGAACAUUUGGAGACAUUCAUCAGUGAGUUUUAUGAACUUAAUAAUGUUCGUCAAAUUGUUGCUUUCGGGUGUUGGGACGAUGCUGAUCUGCUUCAAUUAUCCAAGAAGAUCAUGAGACACAAUACUGCGGUAUCAUUCAACCCCAUAACUCCAAAUACAAAUCUGGAAAUAAUUCUGAAAGUGAAUUACUAUCAUCUUGGGGUUCUGCUAGAUCUCGAUUGUCCUCUGAGUGAUGUGAUUCUUAAUGAGUUUUCGGACCAGUUAGAAUUUAACGAGACCUACAUAUGGCUCCUGUUGACAACUGCUCCAUCACCCCCGGACAACAGACUCCGGCAUCUUCCAUUGUCGAUAGACACCGAGAUGACACUGGCAACACGUGAUGGUAAUAAAUUCACCCUCUACGAUACUUGGAAUCCAAGCUAUCGUCACAAUGGUUUAUUCCACGUUGUUUACAAGGGCCGAUGGACCUCCGAAGAAGGAUUGAUUGAUGAGUUGACCCAGUACAAAUACACACGUCGUAAUUUCAAUUUAACACCUCUGAAUUUUUCGAUAACAUUGAGACAUCCACCACUUUCUGACUUUGAAACCUACCUGACAACUCCAAUUAAUCCACAAUUGGAUUCGAUGCAUCGUUAUCAUUAUGGACUCGCAUUGAUAUUGCGAGAUAUCUUCAAUUUUACUAUCAAUCUACAUCGCGCCAGCUCAUGGGGGUACAUGAAACCGGACAAGACCUUCGACGGAAUUCUUGGAGAUAUAGCCAAGAAAGUCAUAGAUAUCAGUAUAUCACCAUUUCGCUAUCGACCUGAGAGAUUCGACGUUGCGGAAUUCACUGUGCAAACACUUCUCGUCAGAUCGUUCUUUAUCUUUCGACAUCCCCGAAGUGCAUCUCUGCGAAAUAAUUUCCUGAAGCCCUUCGCCAAUGAACUCUGGUGGAUGAUACUAAUGGUGAGCGUCGUGUACUGGAUUUCUCUGUUGAUUACGAUAAAAAUUCAGAAGUAUUAUGCCGAGUCCAGGAGUUCCCUGAUGGUACCGGCGUCCGAGGCGACUCUCACGACAGUCGCAGCUCUUUCUCAACAAGGAGUCUCUGACGAUCCCCAAAUUAUUUCGGGGCGCAUCGUAUUCUUCUCACUCUUCAUUUGGGGCCUUCUGCUGUUCCAAUUUUACUCAGCAAGUAUCGUCGGAUCUCUUCUGACAACUCCCCCUCAUACAAUCACAACAGUCAAAAAUUUGACUGACAGUGAUAUAGAUUGUGGUGCAGAGGACGUCGCAUGGGCUUAUGAUAUGUUCAAGACGACACCCAUCGCCGAAGAGAGGGAGCUUUAUGAGAAGAAAAUCAAACCUUAUGAGAACACACCUAAGAACAGAUACUUUUCGAUCGCUAAGGGGAUGCAAAAAGUGCAGGAGGGAGGAUUUGCUUUUUAUACUGAGUCAGCACCAGCUUAUAAACAAAUAAAGGAUACCUAUCAUGAGGAUGAAAUAUGUCAACUGCAGGAGAUUCAAUCACAUCCUGCUCGGGAAGUGACAAUGGUAACGGCCAAGGAUUCCCCAUUUACAAAAAUGGUCAUCUAUGGAUUAAGAAAAAUAGUUCAGCAUGGUUUAUCAGCUCACGUCCUGGAGACCUGGUACGCGCCCCGUCCUCGAUGUCCUGAGACUCACAACUCAAAGCCAACAGCUGUGAAAUUCGAACAAUUUGUCCCUGCUAUUUUCCUCCUACUCAUGGGAAUGAGUGUUUCGAUCUUUGUGUUGGGAAUAGAGUACCUGUAUUUUUAUCAGACUGAAGAUACAGAUGCAUUCCAGUUUACAAGGAACGUCAUGAAACUUGACACAACAGUAUCGUUUAUUCCAAUCCCAUCAAACGUGGAUUUUGAGAAAAUCUUACGAGUUAAUUAUUAUCACGUUGGAGUGAUGCUUGACCUCGAUUGUCCUGAAAGUGAGAAUGUUCUGGGGGAGUUUUCGGAAAAUUUAGUGUUCAAUGAAACCUAUCUUUGGCUGCUCUUCACCGAAGCUUCCACUCCUCCGAACGUUAGGUUGAGACAUCUCCCCCUCUCUGUGGAUACAGAAAUGACAGUUGCAACCCGUGAAGGUGAUAAAUUCGAGCUUUAUGAUGUGUAUAAUCCCAGCUAUCGUCAUAACGGAGCAUACAACAUCACGUACAUGGGCCAGUGGAUGCCCGAUAUUGGGCUGAAUGUUGUUCUGACUCAAUACAAAUACAAACGUCGAGGAAACUUUCAGCUUUUACCCCUGAAUUUUUCGAUUGUGCUGACCAAUCCACCUGAACCUGAUUUCAAGACCUACAUAAGUACUCCGAUAAAUCGACAACUUGAUACUAUGAGCCGUUAUCAUUAUUCUCUAGUACUUUUGCUGAGAGAUAUUUUCAACUUUACAAUCAACUUGCAUAACGCUACCACCUGGGGCUAUCUCUCCAACGGUUCCUUCAACGGAUUACUGGGUGAUAUGGCUAACAAGCUGAUAGACAUCAGUGCAACACCAUUUCAAUACAAAAAUGAACGCUUCGAUGUGGCUGAAUUCACCGUGGAAACUCUACUUGUCAAAGCCAUGUUUCUCUUUCGUCACCCGAAGGAUGCAACUCUAAGGAAUAAUUUCCUGAAGCCCUUCACCAAUGACAUUUGGUGGAUGAUCUUGGCUGUGGGAACUGUGUAUUGGGUGUCACUCUGGAUCACUGUGGAGGUGCAGAUCCACUAUAAUGAGAGUUAUGUGGGUAGGAGAGAAGCUAGGGGUGCGUUUGAAAUACCGAGCUCUGAAAGUGGUUUAAUAGCUUUGGCAGCUCUCUCUCAACAAGGUUUGAGCGAGGGGCCUCAGAUAAUCUCUGGUCGGAUUGUGUUUCUCUCUCUCUUUCUAUGGGCCCUUCUUCUCUUUCAAUUCUACUCGGCCAGCAUCGUUGGAUCUCUACUAACGUCUCCCCCCCGAACUAUCAACACAAUAAAAAAUCUAAGUGACAGUCAACUCGAAGCUGGUACCGAGGACAUUCCCUGGAUCUAUGACUACUUCAAUAUUAUGAAGACUCCGUCACACAUCGAGUUAUACCAGAAGAAGAUAAAACCCAGCAGCAAAAGGCCGAGAGGCUCCUUUUGGACGGCGAUGGAGGGCAUGCAGAAGGUGAAGAAAGGUGGAUUUGCUUUUUACAUCGACACUGCCACGGGCUACAACAUGGCUCAAGAUAUGCUUGAGGAGAAUGAAAUAUGUGAAUUGCAUGAGAUGCCGAUGAUUACUUGGGCAAAGGUAACUUUGCUGACUGCGAAACGUUCUCCAUUUAAGAAGAUGAUUCUUUACGGAUUGCGACAAAUUGUCCAACAUGGUCUAAUGAUAAAACAAUUUUCAAUUUGGUACACACCUCGUCCCAAGUGUCCAGAGAGUUAUAGUUCAAAACCAGUCCCAGUGGGACUAAAAGAAUUCGUUCCGGCCAUUUUUCUGUUGCUGAUUGGUGUCUCCUUCGCUGUUUUCGUACUGCUCAUUGAAUAUCUGCAUUUUUGGAAGGUGGAAGGCCGUUCGCCCUUCCAGAAAAUCCGCACCAAUGAUAUUGUCACUCCUGAAGAUAUCCCAAACCUGAAUGAUGAUAACUACAACGAGAAGAAUAUUAUUUCCAAAAAAUUGUUCUCCUGUUCCGAAUCCGAAAACGCACCUCUGCAUUCUGCAUUGUCUAUCAAAGCCGGAGUCAUCAUGAGAGUAAUGGCUCUACUUUUGACAGCGAUCUCACUCAUUAACUUUACUAAAUCUGACAAAAUAUUGGCUGAGUUCAUCAAAGAUUAUUACGGAACAUCUGAUAUUCACCAAAUCGUCAUAUUCGCUUGUUGGAAUGAUGCAGAUGCAGCAGAUAUUUCGAGGGAGAUAAUGGGACUUGACACUGUGGUUUCUUAUCAAUCUACCCUGAAUGACGUUGAUAUAACAACUCUUUUACGUUCCGGUCAUGGUAAGUUAGGGGUUGUAUUGGACUUCGAUUGUCCCUCCAGUCAAAAUCUUCUCGAGAAGGUGUCACAGCAACUGCAUUUCACCGAUUCGUACUAUUGGCUUGUCUUGUCGAGGUUGACACCGAUACCUGUUAAUUCCCUGCAACACCUGAGACUCACAAUAGAGACCGAGCUAACAUUCGCUGUUCGAGCAGGGGAUACAUUCGACCUCCACGACGUUUACAACCCGAGCUAUCGUCAUGGUCGUGAUGUUGUUGUUGUUAACAAGGGUGAAUGGACCCCUCUAGAUGGUUUGAAGAAUCUACUGACUCAGUAUAAAUAUGAACGUCGUCAUCUACAGGGAGUGACCCUGAACUUUACUGUGACGGUCGCAAAUCCAGUAGAAGGGGAUAUUACUGCAUAUUUGAGCUCUCGAAAGGGUAGAGCCUUCGACCCUAUGCAAAAAAGUCAUUACAAUUUAAUUUUAUUCUUACGAUAUAUGUAUAAAUUCAGCAUUACUAUUUAUCGAUCACCACUCUGGGGUAUAUUAGUUAACGGUUCUUACAACGGAAUCGUAGGAGACAUGCAGCGCAAUGACGGUGUAGAUAUGAGCAUUUCACCCUUUGUAUUUGACAUACACCGAUUGCCCUUCCUAGAGCACGUAGUGCCUACGUGGUUCACCGAUUUUACAUUUUCCUUCCUCCACCCAAAAACAUCAACUGUGCGCAAUAAUUUUUUGAAACCAUUCACCGAAGACUUGUGGUGGGCAAUUUUGCUGGUAGGCAUUAUCUACUGGGGUUUACUGCUGCUCUCUCUGAUGCUGGAGCAGCAUCAGGAGACAGGAACACGAGACAUCAAUGCUGGUGUAGCUGAAACUGGCCUGACUACAGUAGCAGCCCUAUCACAACAAGUAUUUUCAAUGUUGGAAGGAAUAAGCGACAGUCCAAAUUUUCCAUCUGGACGUAUCACAUUCCUCUCGCUAUUUCUAUGGGCCCUCCUUCUCUAUCAGUUUUACUCAGCAAGUAUUGUUAGUUCUCUCAUGACAACACCACCAAGAUGGAUCAAAACUUUGAAAGAUCUCGCUGAAAGCGACCUGGAAGUGGGUGCCAUAAACGUGUCAUUUUUUCGACAAUUUUUUAAGGUCACGCCUAACCCGGUUAUUAGAGAAUUAUACAAUCGUAAAAUGAACUCAUCAGUAGGGAAUUGGCCCAAUGCCUUCAUGAGCACACCAGCUGGUGUCAAGAAAGUCCAAGAGGGUGGAUACGCAUUUCUAACGGAAACUGCUGCUACCUAUCGUAUAAUGCAAGAAACGUUCUCUGAAGAUGAGAUAUGUGCAGUUCAAGAAAUACGACCCCAACCGCGUAAUAAAAUGUCAUCAAUUCUACCAAAAAAAUCACCAUUCAAGAAAAUGAUAACAUACGGAUUCACAAAAAUCAUACAAAGUGGAUUGCUCGCUUACGAGCAACAAUAUUGGCGUGGCUCAUUCCCACCGUGCCCUGAGAGCUACAGCUCAAAGCCAACUGCUAUGGGGAUGAAAGAGUUCAGUCCCGCAUUAUUUCUUCUGUGCAUUGGCACUGGCAUAUCAAUUGUCAUAUUAAUCAUAGAAUACUUUCACUUCUAUCUGGAAGAUAGACGGGACCGGGUAACGAGACAUCUGGGGGAAAUGACACAAUGGAUUGAUCAGCAGAAUUCCGCUGAAGAUUAUUGCUCUGGGACUGAGAAUCCCUCAGUUCAGGGUGAAAUCAGAGGGGCGUGUUCAGGGAAGGGUGGAGUGACGAAUUGGAACCUCAGUUGUGAGUAUUUUUUAGUCGUGAAACUUGUCACAAAACUCAUGAACUCGAGGGACGAAUCGUCACUGAGUGGGACAUGGGGUGAAAUCAGUGUACCUCGUCUGCAGGCCGAUAUGGCUACAAAGUCGAUUACAGAAAUCAUCGAGCCCUCGAUUUGCUGCAGUACAUCGGUGCGAAAUUUGCAUGCUAAAUCAUGUGGAGUAUAUAAUCUGGAAAGUGUCUUAAAAGGGCAAAGGGCUGUUUACAAGUUUCCAAAAGUUCCCAUUGUAUUGCAAUUUUUCGGAUCAUUACCGCAAGCAAUUUUUGCCUGUCACACAGACAUGCAAUUUCCAACUUCGUUGGACACCAUCUGUCCCGUUCUCAAGGAUUUACGAGAAAUAAUUUUGCAACGAUUGCACGUGGAACUCUCAUGUCAUGAAUAUUGUGAUGAAUACAAUCAGAUUAUACUGAAGAUGGGUUUACUAUUCUUCGUAGUUGGCUUUGAGGUUCCCCCGGAUGCCACAUACACUCUCUCAAGGAUUUUUAUGGUGCGGUUUAUGGCUGUGGGGUCCUGCGAGUUCAAUACUAAAUCCGAAAGCUCUGGUGAAAUAUCUACAGUAAUGGUUACUUCCAUAUAUCACGGGACUGAGCUCUUGAAACCGAGGUACCCCUCCAGUUUCCAAUAUACAAUUACCUUUAAACUGAGAAUUCUAUGUAAUCCACUGGGAAUCUCCCGUUGGAAUCGUCACAGUUUACAAUUUCCCAGGGGGACUGCUGAUGGUAGCAUGGGCUUCUGGGCAAUCCUUCUGUGUUCGGUAGCUUUAAGCCACUAUGUACAAUCGAAUCGUAGUGUGGGAAAGUUCAUUCGUGAUUAUUAUGAUGCUGAAAAUAUUCAUCAUAUAAAUGUUUUCGGAUGUUGGGAGGACGUGGAUGCAUUGGACUUAUCACGAACGGUGAUGACCCUGGAAAAUGCUGUGUCGUGGAACCCCAUAUCACCGCACCUGAAUUUACCAGAAAUCCUGAAAGUCGAUUAUCAUUAUGUCGGAGUGGUUUUGGAUUACGAUUGUCCAAUGAGUGACGUCAUACUCGAUAAGUUUUCCAAAGACCUGGUGUUCAAUGAGUCUUACUUCUGGCUUCUGCUCACCAAUUCAUCAUCACCACCAAAUGAUGUUCUGGAAAAGCUACCACUCACUGUUGAAUCUGAGCUGAGUGUCGCAAUCAGAACUGGAAGUUCUUUUGAGUUAUGGGAUCUCUACAAUCCCAGUUAUUCCCACGGAGGCGACCUGAAUGUCACGUACAAGGGGCAGUGGAAUCCUGACGAUGGCUUGAGGAACGAACUCAAGCAGUACAAAUAUGACAGGCGGAGUAAUUUUAAUUUGCUGCCUCUGAACUGGUCCAUCGUGUUGAGAAGUCAUCCAACUUCUGAUCUUGAUACCUAUCUGACGACACCUGUGAACCGACAUCUGGAUACCAUGUCUCGUUAUCAUUACGCUCUUGCGCUGCAGUUGAAAGAUUUCUUCAAUUUUACGAUAAAUCUACAAAUUCAUGAGUCCUGGGGCUACCUGGUGAAUGGUACCUUCGGUGGAUUGAUAGGCGCUUUGAUAAAAGGACAGACAGACGCCAGUGUCUCAUCGUAUCAGUAUAAACUGGAGAGAAUGGAUGUAGUUGAUUAUUUGGUGGAGACAUUGAACGUCAAACUUCGAUUCUUCUUUCGUCACCCUCGAAGCAAUGAUCUGCAGAAUAAUUUCUUGAAGCCCUUUGCUGCUCACCUCUGGUGGGUCAUAGUAGCUGUGAGCUUUUUCACCUGGAUUAUCAUGACGUUGUUGAAGAAAUUUGAGAUGUUUUAUGAGAGAAAUGAGACGAAUGAGAAUACACUAUCUUCAACUGCUCUGACUACCAUUGCUGCUAUUAGUCAACAAGGAUUGAGUACAGCACCGGUGAUAACUUCCGGUCGUGUGAUAUUCUUCUCAUUGUUCCUGUCAACCCUUAUCCUGUUUCAAUUCUACUCAGCCAGCAUUGUUGGCUCACUGUUGGCGCCUCCGCAGAGGUGGAUCACAACUUUAGAUAAUUUGACAGAAAGUAAUCUAGAAUGCGUGAUCGAAGAUAUGCCGUAUAUGGUUGAUUACUUUGCGACUACAGCAAAUCCCCACAGUCAGAAAAUGUUUGAACGGAAGAUCAAGCCAACGAAGAAAAACCCCAAGGGUAACUAUAUGCCUGCAGCCGAUGGAAUUCAGCGGGUACGAGAGGGUGGAUUCGCCUUUCAUAUUAAUGUUGCAUCGGGGUAUAAAAUGAUUGCGGAUACAUUCAAAGAAAACGAAAUAUGUGAGCUGCAACAGAUUGACAUGGUGGGCCAAUGUCUGACGUCGAUGGUGACAGCAAAGCAUUCACCUUUCAAUGAGAUGUUCACAUGGAUCAUAAGAAGGGCAGUCGAAAGUGGUCUGAUAAAGAGACUGGACCGAGUUUGGAAUCAACAGUGUCCACAAUGUCCAGAGAGUUAUAGUUCAAAACCGAUGCCCGUCUCAAUCCAACAGUUCAGUCCAGCGAUUUUUCUUCUUUUAAUUGGAUUCGGUUUCUCAUUGGUGAUAUUGCUAAUCGAAUAUCUGCACUAUUGGAAGUGCAGCCAUCACCUUUCGGACGUUGAGAACAUGACCGAUGUGGCCGGCACUGAUAAUACCGAGGAAGAGCCAUCGCACAUGGUGGAGGGUUGCGAUUUUAUCGACGACAGACAAGAGGUAGUUUUCUGAAUACUAAGAAUUUCUGUCAUUAUAAUCGUUCUUUCGGAGAAAGUCGUUAAGUUGAGGUACGAAAAUUUUGGAUAAACCAUUUUUGUUGUGAAAUAAAAUGCGAUUAUGGAUAUUUUUAAUGUUCAUUGUGAUUCGCAUUCAAUAAGGGUAGGUUCCUACUUACGCGACAAUCGGAGAUGGCAAAAAUGUAAAUAGAAAAUUCAAAUUUCCAUAAAAUGGAAAUAGUUCAAAUUCUAAUAAAUUGUCUAUAAAUUCGUUCUUCAAUUUUAUUGGAAAGCCAAAGCCGAUUGUCCUAAACUUCACCUAUUCCAAAUUUUCAACGAUAUUUGCUGCAUCGAAUACUUGGACUUGCGGAAUAUCACCGAAACCCGAGGGUCCCCACAAACCAUCAGAGCACUCAACUCGAAAGGUCAAGAACACCCCCAAAUAUUUGCCAAAAUUUCCAAGCCCGGAAACACCUCGACGAAACCGAACUUGUUGAAUGCCUCAAUCUCCACCCACCCUCUCCAGUUCCCCUGCCAAGUCGUAACCCAGCCCCGAUCAUCCCCCUCAUUUUCAUUACGUCAAUGCUCCGGAUCAUCUCCCAUUUAAACAAUAGCAAAAUAAUAAAAAAAUAGUUACCAGCCUAGGCGACAAGGCAAUCCAUUGAAA